UUCACAGCACACCCGCCUUGAGUACUGGAACUAUGCCGCGGGGCCGGCCUCGCAAACUGAGAGUUAAAAGCAACGACGGAACAGAUGCAGACCCUGCAGAAUCUAAAGCAGAAAGUGAUGGAGAGCUCAAGGACAGGAAGUGCACGAUAUGCUCGCAGAUAUUCACCACUGAGAGCCAGCUGCAGAAGCAUCACCGUGAGCAUGAGACCAACGAUAAGCCUUAUCGGUGUGACCAGUGCCCACAGACGUUCAACAUGGAGUUCAACCUCACACUACACAAGUCGACACACACCACCUCCGACUUCACCUGCCCCGUUUGCAACAAGAAAUUCUCCCGCAUCGCCAGCCUCAAGUCACAUGUCAUGCUGCACGAGAAAGAGGAGAAUCUCAUCUGUACAGAGUGCGGAGAUGAGUUUGUGCUCCAGAGCCAACUCUCCCUGCACUUAGAGGAGCAUCGCAAGGAGCUGUCCGGCGUGAAGGUGUACACCUGCAAGAGAUGCAGCCGGGAGUUCCAGACGUCCGCUCAGAUCAAGGAGCACAUGAGGAGUCACAUCAAGAUUAGGCCGCUCUCCUCCAGUUCUAGAAACUACAAGAAAAGCAUCGAUCGGAGCGGCUUCACCAACAGCUGCCAUCACUGCGGGAAGGCUUUCAAAAAGCCCAGCCAGCUCGUCAGACACAUCCGAAUCCACACUGGCGAGAGACCCUACAAGUGCUCGCACUGCGGCAAAGCGUUCAACCAGAAGGUGGUGUUGCAGACUCACAUGGUGAGGCACACCGGCGAGAAGCCUCACCUCUGCAUUUUCUGCCCUGCCUCCUUCUCCCAGAAGGGGAACCUGCACUCCCACGUUCAACGGGUUCAUUCCGAGAGCAAAGGGGUGCCUCUCUUCCCGUGCAUGGACUGUAGCUGUGUGUUCAAGAAGCUGGGGAGUCUGAAUGCCCACAUCAGCAAGAUGCACAUCUCUGUCAUCGACGUUCCCUCUGGUGCUUCAGAGACAGAGACCGCGGGUCAGGCGGCGGGAGGUUCUGAGGGCGGUGAGGCGGUGACAGACGUUAUCCAGCAGCUUUUGGAGCUGUCAGAACAAGUCAGUGGGGAGACGGCUCAGCCUCAGCCUCCAGAGCCAGCUAUCACCAUGGAAACCGCCAUCAACCAGGAUAUCCUGCAGCAAGCUCUGGAGAACAGCGGCCUCAGCGUGGUCCCUCCUCAGAGUGACGCCGCGUCCAGAGAGCCGCAGAGCCAGAGCUCAGAAAACUCUGCUGCCGAAGUCGAGAAGGUGCAAAGUUCAGACAAACCAGCCAGAGAGAAGAGGAGGAGCAUCUUCAAAAAGCCCAUUCAAAUGCCAGGCUCCAUCAGGGAGGAGGACGGCGUCCGCUGGCACGGCUGUCCAUAUUGCUCCAAGGAAUUCAAGAAGCCCAGUGACCUUGUGCGCCACAUCCGCAUCCACACCCACGAGAAGCCUUUCAAGUGCAAGCAGUGCUUUCGAGCUUUCGCCGUGAAGAGCACGCUCACAGCACACAUGAAAACACACACGGGCAUCAAGGCCUUUGAGUGCCAGUGCUGUCUGAAGUGCUUCUCCACAUCUGGCAGCAUGAAAGUGCACAUGCGGCUGCAUACCGGCGUGCGUCCCUUCUCCUGCCCUCACUGUGACAAGAUCUUCCGCACCUCAGGCCACAGGAAAACGCACAUCGCCUCCCACUUCAAAAGCUCCCAGCAGAAGAAGCAAAAGUUUCCUCGGAAAUCCAACAAAGCCAAAGUGUCCAAAAGCAACCUGCGUCUGCCUGAGAUCCCGCUGCAGGAACCCAUUCUCAUCACAGACUAUGGCCUCGUCACAUCCCAGAACCCUCGCCUGGCUUUCCAGCAGUACCUGGAGGUGGUGGGCAGCGACAGGCCUUACAAGUGCCAGUUCUGCAGUAAAGCCUAUAAGAAAUCGAGCCAUCUGAAACAGCACGUCAGGUCGCAUACAGGUGAACGGCCGUACAAGUGUGUGCAGUGCAGCCGCGGUUUUGCCUCCUCAGGAGUCCUCAAAGCUCACAUCCGGACGCACUCGGGCUUGAAGGCUUACAAGUGUUUAAUGUGCGACACCACGUUCACCACCAGCGGCAGCCUGCGCCGCCACAUGACCACCCACAGCGACCUUCGACCUUACAUGUGCCCCUACUGCCAGAAGACGUUCAAGUCAUCACCCAACUGCAGGAAGCACAUGAAGACGCACAGGUAUGAACUGGCCCAGCAGCUGCAGCCGCAGUCAGGCGAAGACCCCUUAGGAGCGGGCGCGGUGGCCCAUGACAUAGCAGUGGAAAUGGAUCCAGAGCCUCUCCAGCAACCUGUUGCCACCACAGCAGAGCAGCAAGGCAUGCUGGGACUUACCCAGGCUGAGGUUGUGAACGGAGGCCAGCAAGUGUCACUGGAGGCUCCGCUGACUGACCAAACACUAGUGCAAGGAGAAGACUCGUUUGUGACCUCACAGCAUUCUCUGCCUCAGAAUAUCAGCCAGUUUGAGCCUCCGGCUCUCCCUCAGCCUCCAUUUGACCAGCAAGCUCUAACACAAGGCUUCAGCAUUUCUGAAUCCAGCUACAGUCAGGCUCAGUUCUCCACAGUCCAGCAGCUUCAGGACUCCAGCACUCUGGAGUCUCAGGCCCUGUCCUCCAGCUAUCACCCUCCAAACCUGCUCCACGUCUCCGGCGCCGAGGCGACAAAUGGACUUCUGCAGCCAAACAGUCAGAAUGAGCUUCAGCUGACAGAAACUCCAGACUUCCAGGAAGACAGUGAAGAAAACAGCAAGAGAGCCUACAGGUGCAGCUGGUGCAAUAAAGGUUUCAAGAAGUCGAGUCACCUGAAGCAGCACAUCCGGUCUCACACUGGGGAGAAACCAUUCAGGUGUCCUUUGUGUGGAAGAGCCUUCGUGUCGGCCGGAGUGCUCAAGUCCCAUCUAAACACUCACACGGGAGUGAAGCCUUUUCGCUGUGAUGUUUGCGAUGCCUCGUUCACGACCAACGGGAGCCUGAGCCGUCAUAUGAUUAUCCACAUGAAGUCUUUCAAAUGCUCCAUGUGCGACGACACCUUCAGGACCAGCAUGCUGUGCAAAAGACACAUGAAGAAGGAGCAUGGAGUCGAAGAGCAAAGUCUAGACACUCAGGACGGGGAGGAAGAGGACGAUGAUGAGGACGGUGAGCUGAAAGCAUCAAAGAGGCGGGGCUUGGAAAUCAUCACGUUCACUGAGGAGCAGACGGCAGAGUUGGCCAAAGAUCCCGGCGAAGAGGCCUCUGUGUCGGAGCGAAUCCUCGCCCAGUCGGCCGCGGAAAGGGACCGGAUCAGCGAAAUCAAAGACAAAGCCGUGGAGCUGGAAACUGAGCCCAAGUUCGCCAACUGCUGCAAUUACUGCCCCAAGAGCUUCAAGAAGCCCAGUGACCUGGUGAGGCACGUCCGAAUCCACACGGGGGAACGGCCUUACAAGUGCGAUGAAUGUGGGAAAACCUUUACAGUGAAAUCCACCCUGGACUGUCAUGUCAAAACGCACACAGGACAGAAGUUGUUCAGCUGCCACAUGUGCAACACCUCCUUCUCCACAAAGGGCAGCCUGAAGGUGCACAUGCGCCUCCACACUGGCUCCAAGCCUUUCAAAUGCCCCUUCUGUGAACUCCGUUUCAGGACUUCAGGCCACCGUAAAACCCACAUCCAGUGUCACUUCCGUCCGAGUAUCGACAGCCGCAAGUCCAAACGCUCUGCCUCGUCCGCCGGUCAGGCCAGGCAGAACCAAGACCAAUGCGCCGGCCCCGCUGUGGCCUCCAGCCAUGACCAGCAGCCAGCGGUCUCAGAGGCUCUUCCACCUGUGGGUCUGCUGCAAAAUCCCAACGCUGACCCCAACAUUUACCUCCCAGCCAACCAGGUCCUGGCGGGGCAGUACGACCAGAACCUACUGCAGCAAGGCCUUGUAGGUCAGGCCAUCCUGCCUGCUUCCAUGUCAGCUGCAGGAGAUCUGACCGUGUCUCUCCCAGACGGACUCACAACACUGGAUGGCAUCCAGCUGCAGCUGACACCGGCCAACCUGGUGUGUCCCGGCGUCCAGAUCUCUGGCAUCGAUCCCACCAACAUCAACAAUAUCACACUACAGAUCGACCACGCCCUCUUCCAGCAGACCUUACAGCAGGGUGGCCUCCUCUCUCAGCCUCUGAGCGUCGACACCAGCCUGGUUUCCCACUCUGGCAGCCAGCUCAUGUCCACAACCGAUCCCUCUGUGCCCGCCAACGUUGUCAUCCACCCCCUGACCAGCCUGGCGCUGCAGCCGUCCUCCAUCACACCUGCACAGGUCUCAAUGGCCGGCCUGUCAGAACAGGACUCUGCAAGCUCUCAGGACUUAAGCCAUGUCAUGAGCAGCUCUGGGUUGGUGGCAGGAGGCGGGAGCAGCGGUCAGGAGAUUACUCUGACCAUCAACAAUUCCAGCCUGACUCAGGCUCUCGCCCAGGUCCAGGCCCAGGCUUCAGCUGCCGGCUCCAGCAGCGCUGCAGGAAAUCCUCAGGAGAUAACCCUCACCAUAUCAGGUCAGGACCUGAUCCCGCAGCAUAAUAAUCCCAGCGGCACAGAGAUGAACGGCAGCAUGAGGCUGACAUCACCGCUGACCAGCCAGCCCUCAAACGCCACCCUGACCAUCACAAACGACCACCUCCUGCCCCAAAGCCCAUCUAGUGCUGGAAUAGCAGUCCACAGUUUGCCCUCCUCCACCACUCCGUCCCAUUCCGCCGUGUCCCAGAGCCUGGUGAUGUCCUCGGGCGGCAUGGCGGGCGAUGGCAGCGUCACUCUGACCCUUGCAGAUGCUCAAGGGAUGCUGGAUGGCGUCACCUUGAACCUCAACACUCAGAGUCAGACGUUUCCUGCAGUGCUGAAUGAAUCUGGAAUGUCAGGGCAGCCAGUCGCCCCGGGUCAGCAGGUCAUACUGGUCAGUCAGCAUUCCCAGUCUGCAAGUGGAGCUUCUGGAAACGUAUACAGUACCUCAGGUCACGCACUUAAAUGUGGGAAAGACCCUCAGAUGAACACUGAUAACCGGAACCAGUGCUACUACUGCGACCAGAUGUUCCAGAACGCCAAUGCACUGCGACGCCACUGCAGACAAGCCCACGGGAAGGACCGCUGUCAUGUCUGCAGCGUCUGUAGAAAGGCUUUCAAGCGAGCGACACACCUCAAGGAGCAUGAGCGUGUGCACCAGCCAGGCCCGUCUCCCAGCUCCCAGAAACCCAGACUCUUCAACUGCUCGUCUUGUGUGAAGGCUUUCGCCAAACGCAGCCAGCUGGAGAGACACAACCGAACACACACGGGCGAGCGGCCCUUUAAGUGCAGCCAGUGUGACAAAGCCUUCAACCAGAAGAGCGCUCUGCAGGUCCACAUGGUCAAACACACUGGGAAGAAGCCCUUCAAGUGUGAGGUGUGCAACAUCAGGUUCACUCAGAAGAGCAACAUGAAGCACCACAUGAAGAGGUCCCAUGGCUACGGUCAAAUUCAGGACAUGCCUCUGGACCAGGACGAAGCAGCGCCGCAGGUCGGGGUGACAUCAGACCUGGACCUCGAAGUGGUUCCCGAAUCGACAGGCGACUGGCAAAAUGUUUUUACGUGACGGCAACCUUGAGAAAUGUGGGAGAUGUGUCACUUGUUGAUGCUGUACAUAUGUGAUCCAGGCAGGCAGCUGAUAGCUAGAGAGAGGAGCCAAACGUGUUGUAAAGUUCUUAACGGACCUUUGCCUUCUCGUCAUUUGGUUUGGACUUCCAUCGACUCGUUAUUAACUGUUCAUUUUGUAAAUAUUGUAGUUAGAUUGCAAAUAUUUUUGAAGAGCCAUAAGGAUGAAAAUGUUUUUUUCAAAGUGUAAUUUUGACAAAAUGUUACAUUUGUUUAUAAGAAAUGCCAAAAGAAUAAGCUGCAUUUUGUUUUUUCCUUUGCUGGUGUAUUUUCUAUUGGUUGUGAUAAAUUUAAAUAUUUUUGUAAUAA